GCAGCAAGAGUUCCGGAGCAGGGGCCUACUACAUGACGCACUCGUACCCGCCUGGCCCAUCCACCGCCCCCGGGGGAGCAGCCACACUGCCCAGGGGUGGGGCCCUCCUACGCACCUACUCCCCUGCUGUCGUGGGGCCCAAGGCUGCAGGUGGCGGGCCAGGCGGUGUGCCCCCUCCCAAACCAGUGCGCACAUACCAGCACAACCCCCUGGGGUCCCCCCUGUCCCCUGCUGGCAAGCCGGGGGUGGGGGGCGGGCCCCCUGUCCCCCCAGACAGGCUCUAUGGCCCCUUCUUGCCCCUGCCAUCCCCACGUGACGCAGUCUAUUCUCCGACGGCAGACCGCCUGCACACCGAGAGCGGCUACAUGUCUUCGCCCGAGCGGGGCGGUCCCUCGAGGGGUUACGCGCCGCCGUACGCCCCCGCCGGCGCCUCCGCCUACGAAGACCCCUACUACAGCCAGUACGCCCCGAGAUCUGGCUCCAUCACGCCCGUCAUCGACGAGGAAGCCAGGAUCCGAGUGGAGCACAUGGAGCGGCAGCUGGCAAACCUCACAGGCCUAGUUCAGAAGGCGCUGACGCAGACUCCGACAGCUGUGGGGAGCACCUCGGCAGGGGGACCCACACCCGCACCGCGGGACUACGCAGUAGGAACGGGCGUGCAGUCCGGCACGGGUGCGGGAUCGAAUGCCGUCUCCACAGGGACGUCUGCUGCCUCCACGGCCUCACAAGCCGGAGGCAGGGACACGGGCUCUGGUGGAUACAGGAAUGCUGCGGACGAGUACGAUAAGCACUCAAGUUCCAGCUCUGCCUCAAUCCCAGAUGAUUCUUACCUAAGGAGUGAUACGAAGCCGCCAAAACUAGGAAAAGACAAAUCCGUGUCUUUUGAGAAGUCUGUGUCCUUCUCCGAUGAACCACCCGACAUGAAUUCCCCGAAGCAGCAUUCACCACAACAUUCUGCGGAUUCGAAACCAACUAAACCAGCCAUUAAAUCGUCAACGCUUCCUAGAAUGUCUUCACAAGAGAGAGAUCGACAUAAACCAGCCCCUCCACCAAAACCGGUUUCAUUGUCUCCUGGCCAGUAUGAUGGUCGGCAUGUCUAUAGAGCCGACCUGCAGCUGACGCCAGAGAUGUACAACCAGUUACGAGGAUUGCAGAAGAAAGCGAAGGACCUCCGCCAGGAGGUGCGCAACCUGAGACGCAUGUCCCAAGCACAGGCCCAUUCAGUGCGUGAGACAAUCCGGGACACUUUCAUCAAGAUAAGAGCAAUGCUGUUGUCAGGUGGGGAAGAAGUUUGGGCAGCAGGUGGUGAUGCUGAGAAGCUGCGUCUUAGUAGGGAGGAGGACCUCUACAAGCAGGAGAUGCUGCGUCUUGAGAAAGACCUUACGGAGCUGGAGAGCACAGUUGAAGAACUGAGGGGUAAUGUGAUCAACCGGAAGACACGGGUCAACAUGUCUGAUGUUGAGAAUAUGGCUCUUAUUCUCAGCAAAUCAAGUAAGACUGUUGCAGACCUCAAAGUGCGUUUCCCAAGUCUACAGGAGGGAAUGAAGAGCCUUUUGUCAUCUGAGAUGGAGAAAGUUGUUAGGGAAGAAAAGUUCCUUAAGGAAGAACCAGAAAGAUUAGAAAGUGCACUCCGACGCUGCAAAAAACUCACCGGCACCUUGGUCACGCUCAAAAGGCUGGCCUCUGUACAAGAGCAGCGCCUCCCCCCAUCUACGACGCCAGACUCACGGCUCUCUCCGACUCCUGGGGGAGGCGGUGCUGACUCGGACACUCCUAUCACACCACCAGCGCACGGGAAGGCCUGCACCGUUCCAGCGCGCGGUGUCAUGGCGGCCACCGUCGGCGGCGGACGUGCCAUCGGGGACGACGCCUCUCGCGCCCGUCCGGAGAACGCACUCGACGCUCUGCUAGACGAACUGCAGACAUUUGCUCGCCCGCCCCCUCCUACAGGAGUGGGCUCCUCGAGCCUCGGCGAGACCGGACGCAAGGGUAGUGUCGAUUCCAGCACUUCCCUGACGUCCACACCAGGCGGCGUAGGGCUCCGCCGACUACACUCCUAUCCGAGCAGCUCCGACAGUGCAGGUGACGGAACCGGCCAGUCUGGCCUCGUCUCACGGCUGCAGGUAUCUGCCGGGGGCAUGGGAGGCACGCUUACAGAUUUGUCACAGCAGCAACAGCGCCCACCUCCUGUCUCUCCAAAGCCACCUGUCCCUGAACGCAAUGCAGAGCUGCUCUCGCAGCUCGCUGGCAGGCGAGUUCCGCCCCCUCCUCCUCCACGAACAUCGUCACGGUCACCUCUGGCAUCGCCCACCAGCCCCUCGCUGCCGCCGAGGGCCCAGCACGGCAGUUCGGGGUCGGCAGGUACGCUGAGAAGGGGUGCGCCUGGGCGGGGCAGCCUCAGGGAACCCGCACGAGGUGGGAGUGGCACUGCCCUGUCCCUGGCACCAGAUUCCGGAAUGGACCUCUCGUCAUCCACUGAGGGUCGGCAGCGCUUCGAUCCUGCCAGCAACAGCUCCAGCUGUGAGUCAGUAAACUCACAGGAGGGUCUCAUCUCCCAGCAGUCAACUCCACAGCAGCCACAGACGGCCCAGCAAGUGGCGGCAGCAGCUGUAGCAGCACGAGGGAGGAAGGAACUGUUGGAGCAACGUCACCAGGAGCUGCUCAGGAAGCAGCGAGCUCUGCAGGAACAGUACGCCCGCCUGCAGCAGCUGCAGAGGGGUGGUGCAGCAACCUUGGCCGUCGUGCCGCCUGCAGGUGGUGCUACACCUGACCUUCUCCUCCUGAAGAAGACAGGCAGUGAGAGCAACCUCCUCGCGAAGAUGGGCCUUGGGGCCGGCCUCGCCACCAUGUCCGGGUCACUCACACAUCUCGCCUCAGCUCCUCCGUCUGCUGCCACACCAGUCCCACAGCCCAGGACCAGUGUCCAACAACAACAACAACAACAACAGCAGCAGCAGCAGCAGCAGCAGCAGCAGCAGGAGAAACCUCCAGCUUCCACAUCAGACACUGUGCCGUCGACAGCUGCCCCAGCCACAACAACGACUCCUGCGAUGACCGGCAAAAUAUACGAGACAGACAUCCUGUGACCCCUCAGGGACUGUCUGGAGCUGCCUCCUGACUUGAUUUCUAGUGUUACCACCCAUGAAAAAUAAAUGCAUGUGUAACAGUAGGUAAUAGAAUGGAUAAAGUGCAGCACUAUGGCUAAGAAGCCUGAUUGAAUAUUCGUUCUCCUCUGCUGUUCAUGGGGAAGAAUAGGAGUGAAAUCAUCCACUGCCACAUAGCAGUCCUCCAUUAACAAAGAGUAAACACCAGCCAUAGGUAAUCAGGUAUUAGAGCAUGAAUAUGAUUGUUGCUUUCAACAAGUCUUUACUUGGAGCAAGUGGUAACAUUUUAAAUCUGCAUCAAGUCCUAUUUUUCCAUAUUUCCUAUUCUAAUUUUCAUCUUGUUCAUUUCUUUUUCCCUAACACACACAAAUUCAGUGUGGCAGGUCAAUAGUUACAUGCAGGAUUUACAGUUCCAGUACAUUCAGUGGACUUGUGCAGGCCACUCAGAUCCCAGGUUGAUAAGGACCACCUGUCGUGAUGAGUGGAAUAGAUUCAAAAUUUUCCCAAGUUAAUUUUCCUUUGGUUCUUAGUUUUGAUGAAAUUUCUGUUCCAGUCUUUUUAACUGGUCAGUAACAUGAUUCAAGGCUCUGAGUCUCAGUUAAUUUUGUGCAUUAUAGUAAACAUCACCACCAUCUUGAAUUCUAUAAGUGAAUUACCUGAACCAUAUAGUCUAUCGCUUUUUAUACCUUUUUAAUAGUUUGUAACUUGAAUUGCCAACCAAUUAUAAUCUUGAUUUCCAACUUUCCUGCCAUGUAUGUUGGCAAGCACAUAUUAUACUAGUCACAGAUCAGGACUCAUUACACAUUCACAAUCCAGCAGAAGCAAUAAUAACUUUCUAAGGAAGCUUGCAGAAUACCCAUACACAUACUCAUUUCCUUUUAAAAUGUAAAAUCAUGAAGCCAGUUAGAAGAACUCUUGUCAUUUGUAAAAUUAUAAUACAUUACUGUAGGUUUUCUAGAAAUAAGCCCUUCCUACUUUAAUCAUCAAAGGAUUUGAAAAUCUUCCUCUAUAAAAAUGAAAUAUUAUUAUUAUUGUCUCAGCCACACAUUUGGAGUAUCAGUGUGAGAAAUAGAUUCUAGUCUGCAGGCUAUGAAUUUACUACUAUAUUAAGACUGGUCUGUGCUGCCUUAUUCAAAGCUACUUCGUUUAAUGUAGUUUAUCCCACACAAUGUGAAGAAGCCAACAUAUCCCACCCCUGACAGGCUAUCAUAUGUGUAGAUGCUAUCAUGGACAGUUGAACUAAUGCUGAUGAAAUGUAACCUGUUCUAUGAAGCUUAGUUUUAUUUCUGGUGACAGAAUGUGAAAAGCUUGUAGAGCAGUUAGUUUGUCUUUCUUGCACCAACUGUUAAACAACCAUAAACACAUUCUCUCGUUAUGCAUACCAUAUUGGUAACACAAGUAUUAACAGCACUGGAGAUGCUAUUAACAUUUUCCACUUUGAAAAGAGUGUGUUGCACUCACUUUAUAAGUGAUACAAUUUUUACUCUUAUUAUUAUCAUCAUUUCAUUAUUUACAACGACAGCCACUUUCUCGACUGUAUACUUGGCAUAUACAGACUCAGGGAAAGUUAAUUUUGCGCCAUAAUGAUUUUGUUACAGUUAUUCCCUUUGAACAGAGGAAAGCUGAGAACUGGUCAGUGAUGUUAUCUGUAUUCAAGCACUGCUUUAUAAAUGAAUAAGAAGCAGUCAAAAUGAUAUGUGUUGGGAAUAAUUCAAGAAGAUUGACCAAUCCCAGAAUUGACAAAUUUGUUAUGUAUCUCUGUUUUAUUGUUAGGUUUCUGUAAGAACCUUUUUUUAAAGUAUCUUUGAGUCAAUUGUACAUGGUGGGUUCAUCAUACUUGUUCUUAAGGCAUCUACUACAUUCCAAAAUCCUACUUUCUCCACUCCUACCCACCCUCAGUACUACCUCACAAUCUCUGUCACAGUUCUGCUUUCUCUCAUAUGUUUAUCAUUUUUUUUAAAAAAAAAAAAAAGAGCAUAUGCAUUGCAAAUUCGUAAUUAUGGUUACAACACUAUCUUUGUUUACAUUAACAGAUUAUUCCAAGUAUGUGAUGGCUGAAUAGCUAUAGUGUUGCACUUUGCAGUGGUAAGAUGUUGAGCUUUUGAAAUUCUACAGCAUAGUGGAAAACUGACUGUUUCUUGUAUACUAUUUCUUAGUUUUCAGUGUUGUAUUUUCUACUCAGGGUGUUCACAACUACUGUGGGUUGUGUUUUUGCUAUUGAAUCCUGUGAGGAAGAGAAAAUAUCUGUAAAAGAAAUGUGAGGACUACAGCUAUUUUUAUGUGGUCAUUUCUGAGGAUAUUUUAGGCUGGAGAUUUGUAUCCUGUUGGCAGAGUGAUUGUCUUGUUGAUUUUAUGCUUUUGUUAAUUGUCUUCUUACAGUACUAAAUCAACUGUGUGUCACGUAUUAGCUGUUAACAGGUGAGUGCUGUGAACCUGCAACUGGUUUCAUUUUCUUGCUUCCCCUCCACUGUCACAACAGUGAGAAGUAGUAACCUUCAUGCAUUAUUUCAAAUUGCCUUCAUGCAUUCACGUUACCUCAUUUCAGUGGCACAUUACAACCCUUGGUGUGAAGAAUAUCAUCAAAUGAGCUUCUGAAAAAUGCAAAUACACGUGUCUGUCCAGAAGUCGCUACUGACUACUACUGACUGUGUCAUUUUAUGAUUUGUUUGUGGCCAAUAAAAUGUUGCAGACCAGCCUAUCACCUUAAUAAAGCUUUGUGCAGACCAAAUUCACAUUCUCUCACCACUGUUGUAUGCAUCAUUCUUCUUCCAAAUGUAAGCCACCAUUGCAGAACUAAAUACCAGUAUCUAUAGAAGGUUUUUUCAUAUCAAUGUAUUAAGAAGCAUGUGGCAGAAAUGAGCAUAGUGACCCCAGAUAGAAUUGUAAAUCAUGAGACUGUUAUUAGUUGAUAAUUUCUGUGCUUGUAUUGUAUCAGUGAGUAAUUGUUACAGUACAUGAAGAAUCUCUGGAUUGGCAUUUCACUUUUUUGCAAAGAUGUAAAUACGUAAAUUUGUGAACACCAUUUCUGUAGUAAAGUAUCUGUGGUACUAUCAACUGUUAAUUAAGAGUCAUUUUGUGAAUGGAGGCCUCACCUUAAUGAAACUCAUAAAUUUCAGAUGUUUGUACAUCUCUAUAUUAAAUUAAUGAAUAUAAUAAUUAUAGGCAUCUCUCACUUUCUAUCGCUCUUUUCCUGACAUUCUCUCUGAAGUUUUAUCUGUAUAUUUAUCAUCGUGUUUAGCUUGCAGUUUGUAAGAAAUAUAUCACCUGGAAAGACAGGAAAAUAUCUGCUUUGUUUUACAUUAACAUUUAAUACCAAAAAAUGUUAGAACCUCUGUACCAUAUAAGAAACUGUUAUGCCUGAUUAUGGGUGGAGGGCUGUAAAAUAGAACUGUGCCAACUAUCUCAUGUUUCUUUCUGUGUAAGAUGAUGUAAUAUUUACUAUUGGUAGUCCUUCAGUCAAGUGAUAUGAAAGGCAACUAUUUAACUAUGUUCAGGGUGUUAUAGUUGCUACAAUCCACAACAUAAUUGGCAGGGGAUUACGGUAAAAACUGGCAGUCAGGAAACUGGGACAACAAAUGAAUUGUUGACUUCACACUCCCCAUCCCAUUCUGCUCCCUACUUCUUUCCAUUGUAAAUAUUGUGUGAUUAAAUUAUAACCAAAGAUGAGGAAAAAAAUAAGUGUUAUUACUGAAAGAAAUUGUAUGAAGUGAUUUUGCUUUGGCAGAAGAAUAUGAUAUGAAUUGUACUUAAGUGAUUUCAUGCAGAUUCUGGUGGGAUGCUGAAAGUAAAUUGCUUUUAAAUUUGCUGUCCAGGCUAAGGUGAUUGUGUUGAAAGUAGGAUGCCCAUGGCCAUAGGAUGUUAUGAAAUAAAUCGAUUAUUAUCCUUAAACUUAUAACAAUGUCUUGUAGGUUAUGGUUGAAAAUACAUUUAGUCAUUAUGUAUAUAUUAUCAGGGCUGCAGGACAAAGCCAUAGACACAAAUAAAUUUAAACAUGCUUAAUUUUUGUAUUGUUGUAAUCUGAGGUCUCAUAAGUGUAUUCCAUCUGUCAUAAAGUUUUGUUCGUUUCUCUUGUAACCGGCUAUAAAAGUACACAUCUUUUUCAUGUUGCUCAAGUGGACAUAAAAAUAUGGGAAGGCUCAGUGAGCUUAUAGUCUGAAAAAAGACUCUAUUAUGAAACUGAACUGAUGACAGCUGCCAUCAGUUACUGAAAAUGUAAUUGAGGAACUUGCCUUACCACAUCAUUUGUGAGAAAAUGUGUCGCAUGGGUGUGUCCUUUGUCAGGAUUUCUCAGAAACUGAAAAGUUGUGGCAUUCCACAAGUGUGUCAGUGACAUAAGAACGUAAGUUCUCAUCUAGUUUAAAUAUUUAAAAGUAAAGGAAGAGAGUUACAUAAACUGCCAUUUAUUAAAAUGUGUUUUGAAUUAAAUAAACACAACACCUAAUACACCAAAUUAGAUCUGACUGCUCUUUUUACGUAAUUAUUUCAGUGACCUUUCGUAUUUUGUUUGAAAGGAUUUGAAAAAGAAACUAUUUCUGUAGGUUUCACCUCCUGAGAGAGCAUAAACUGUGUGUAAUCGUGUUUUAAUACCAAUCUCGGAGGUAUACUUCGUAUCUUAUGUGAAGCAUUUGAUUAAAAAUAGUGAACAUAGAACUUAUGGUAAAGGGAUCUGCAGUUACUCCGCACUGAUAUUACUUUCUGGAAUUUGAUUGUGAGGAUCAUGGAUACUAUGAGAACAUUUGCUCAAUAACCAUAAACUGCUCUAUACAUGAAAGUGUGAUCCUAUUUUACUCCAGCAGUAAUUCACAACUAUUUCAGAACAUACAUGUUUCUUGCCAUUGCAGAAAUGUACUAAUUUUUAUUCCAUGUGCACGUGAUCACAAAUGAAAGGAUGUCCCAAAUAA